CUCAUUUACCUAUUUGAGAUUGCUCUAGCCGAGGAAUUAGACGAUGCUAUACCACUGGCUCUACUGCUGGUCUCCUGCGUCUUCUGGCACGUCAUAAAAUAUCGUCAAUUGCAAUGCUAUCGAAAGUCCGACAUGAAUCGUCCAAAGCCAGGAAUAAUCUUUCCUGAGAUGACUUUCGCCAAAAUGGACGAGAAACUCCUCAAUUUCCUCAAAUGUAUCGCCAAUUACACUUUCUACAAACUAGGUCUUGAGCUUUUGCCAUCUGAUUUCACGAUCACCAUGGGCAGAUAA